CUACCUGGAGGAAAUCUGUAGACACCCUGGAUCAAAAGUGUUUUCCUCUCCUUUUUUUUGUGCAGUUCAUUUCAAAGUUCUCCACGAGUCUCUUGCUUGUAUCAGUGGCGUCGCUGCAGCUCGGUCUACGUUGGUGGGAGUACCCCCUGCACAGGUCCCCUUUUGCAGUGCGGAUCCAGUAGUUGGAGUUGUUGUACACACCGAAGCACGAGAGAGAGGAGAGAGAGGAGAGAGAGGAGAGAGGAGUGUGAGCGCAGCAGCUGAGUGAGCAAACAGAGCUAGAAACAUUUAGGUUAUCUUCCGAGACUAUCAGACCAUCGACCUGUCACUUUUACCGCUUCGAGCCAAGUCUACUUGGAAGAGGACCACAUCAGCAGCAGCAGCAGCAGAAGCAGCGACCUGGUCUGGUCUGCUCGAGCCUGUGCAAAACUCCCAAACGCGGUCGUCUCAGCUGGCAUGAGCUAACCUACCAAGGCAGACAUGGAAACCAAACCAUUCUUGUCAUUGGGGUUCCUGAAGCCCCAGUGCUCGUUGGCUCCUCCCAUGCAACGAGGUCGCUCAAGCGAGCCUUGUUCCUGCUUCAGUGGCAUGUGUCCACUCCAUCAGCGCCGCCUAUCCUCAGACUCGUCGGGCCAGAUGACCUCAUCGCCCCUCAGCUCACCUACAUCCCACCGGGGAAUGCACCCGUCUCUGCUUAGCCCAACGUCCAUGGGACCCUCUGGGUCUCUUCACUCUCCCAUCAGCACGCUGAGUUCGCCCAUGAACGGCCUGGCCUCACCCUUCUCUGUCAUCAGCUCGCCCAUGGGGCCCCACUCCAUGAACUCACCCGGCAUGGGCUACGGCCCCAGCGUAAGCCCCCAGAUGUUCCAGCUGAACUCUCCGAUGAACUCGGUCAGCAGCACGGAGGACAUUAAGCCCCCGCUGGGACUCAACGGCGUGAUGAAGGUGCCCGCCCAGCCCUCAGGCACGGCCCUGUCGCUCACCAAACACAUCUGCGCCAUCUGCGGUGACCGCUCCUCAGGCAAACACUAUGGGGUAUACAGCUGUGAGGGCUGCAAAGGUUUCUUCAAAAGGACAGUGCGCAAAGACCUGACCUAUACCUGUCGUGACAACAAGGACUGUGUCAUUGAUAAGCGCCAGAGGAACCGCUGCCAAUACUGUCGCUACCAGAAGUGUUUAGCCAUGGGCAUGAAGAGAGAAGUUUUGUUACAUGCAGCCGUUCAGGAGGAGCGCCAACGAGCCAAGGACAGAAAUGAGAAUGAGGUAGAAUCCACCAGCUGCGCCAACGAGGACAUGCCCGUGGAGAAGAUUCUGGAGGCCGAGCAGGCAGUGGAACCCAAAACCGAGACGUACAUUGAGACCAACCUCGGUGUGCCAUCCAAUUCGCCUAACGACCCAGUGACAAAUAUCUGUCAGGCGGCUGACAAACAGCUCUUCACUCUGGUGGAGUGGGCCAAGAGGAUCCCCCACUUCUCUGAGCUGCCACUGGACGACCAGGUCAUCCUUCUACGAGCAGGUUGGAAUGAACUCCUCAUCGCAUCAUUUUCGCACCGCUCGAUAGCGAUUAAAGACGGGAUCCUGUUGGCGACCGGGCUGCACGUCCACCGCAACAGUGCCCAUAGCGCCGGAGUGGGAGCAAUCUUUGACAGAGUGCUCACAGAACUGGUGUCAAAGAUGAGGGACAUGCAGAUGGAUAAGACAGAACUGGGGUGCCUUCGAGCUAUAGUCCUUUUCAACCCAGACUCUAAAGGUUUAUCAAACCCCAGUGAGGUAGAAGCUCUGAGAGAGAAAGUGUAUGCAUCUUUAGAGGCCUACUGCAAACAGAAGUACCCCGAGCAGCCUGGCAGAUUCGCCAAGCUGUUGCUGCGGUUACCGGCGCUACGCUCCAUCGGCCUCAAGUGUCUGGAGCACUUGUUCUUCUUCAAGCUCAUCGGCGACACGCCCAUCGACACCUUCCUCAUGGAGAUGCUAGAAGCCCCUCAUCAAAUGACAUAAUAGCGGAGGGGGUUGAGCUCUCCUCCCUCCUCCCUCGUGUCUCCCACUCAGACCUGGACGGGGAGUGGGGUCCUCUUUUUUUUUUUUUUUUUUUUUUUUCCCUUUCCCACAUCCCGUCAUGACUUUGAAUGGAGACCCUCUCCCUCCCUCGCGCCCUCCUCUCCUUGGCUCCCUUUUGAUGUGUUUCAAAACAAUGAAUUCAUCAUGUCUAUGGGUCUGUUUUAUACCUUGUAAAAAUAUAUAAAUAAGAAAUAUAUAUAUAAGAAAAAUCACACGGCGACACGAGUGGACUGAAAUGAGGUCGGACAGAGGACAAAUGAAACGUAUUGAGCCAUCGUUUUCAUCCUUGCUUUUCCUGACAAGAAAAAGCAGAGAUGAUCAGGUUUUUAACACCCACAGUUAUGCUUGCAGGUAUAUUAAAGAAAACAAGCGACAAAAAAAGAAAACUAAAAAAAAAAACAAAAACAGCGGUGAUGUCAUGUUUGGACACUCAGCGUUGUGAUCGGGACAAUCGUGGACUGGGAGAGCCUCGGGCUGUCUAGACUGGACUAGACCUGAGGACUCUCUCCGUCUCUUUCAGGACUGAACUUAACUUCGGGGAGGGAACGGCGACGGUGGUUGGCGGGAAGGGGAUGGGAGGGGGACGGGCGGGAGCACGUCUGCUUAAAGGAACUCCUGACUGACUCGACUUGAACACGUCAGGUCUUGCACUAGCUGUUUUUUUUUUUGUUUCGUUUUUUUCUCUUGAAGUGUGAGCUUUUUCUGGAGUUAGACAAGACUGCAAGUGCUCAACAAAACCUCAGGUCUCUGCCCAACAAAUACAACCAUGUCUUACUCUGUUAGCACUGUGCAACAUCGGGGGGGGGGGGUUGGGGCGGGGGGGGGGGAGGACGACGUAUUAGUUCACCAAUCAGCCCUUCAGUUCACUUUCGGUCAGCUGAUCCAACGAGAGUUUUUCCGGGGAGCUCGUCGCGUGCAAGUCCUUCUGCGAAACGUGGGAUGGUGCAGGCCGCUGUGAUUUAAGCUCGAUGCUACAUGAUGCUCUGAAAGGCUACCAGCAGGCCGCGGGAAAACGACUUCUGUCAUCCUCUUUCAGACAACCGGCCUCUUGUUGCAACCUUCACAACAAACUCUGAUGGCUGGAAAGCGAGCUCAUCUGUUUGGGGGGUGGUGGUGGUGGUGGUGUUGGGUGGGAAUAUAUAUCACCGUCCUCUGAGCUCCCUUUUCCGUCCCUUCUCCUGCCUCUCCGCGUCUCAUUUCAUGUGAAUUUCAGCACACCAUUUACACCUCCACACUCACAAAUCCCUCUGCUCAACGCAGCGGGUGUUAGCUUUGUUAUUUUUUUUUUCUCUUGUUGGAAAAACACCUCAUAUCUACCUGUACAGAAAGUUACAACCGUAUACAGUAUUGACAUUAUUUUCACUUUUGAUUUCAACAGCAGCGAUGCACGAUUACCUCUGUUUCCAUCCCUCCGACCUUCAGUUCUCGACACUCAUUUAAAGUAUGCGGGAGGAGUGCUCGUCGUUGCAGCAGAGCCAUUAUUUGUUUAUUUGUUUGUUACUUGGCACUUAACCUCAUGACAGCGGAGUCGGGUUCCUAAAAAACAGAGAGCUAACGUUGAUGUAACCGACCUCUGAGGUGGAAUUUGGCCCCGGGCCCAAUCAGGAAUGCCCAAAUUGUUUUCCUCCUCAGAUGGAUGUGAAACACACACACACACACACACACACGCUCUCUCUCUGCACUUCUCUGGACAACCAAGUGUCAUUCAAGUGGAACUGAAAUGUUAAAUAUCUCCAUGUUGUGUAUAAAUAUGCUUUAUGCCCAUAUUCUGCUUUUGUUUUCCUCCUCCUCCUCUCCUUCUCUCUAAAUGCUGCAGCUGCUGCAAAACUAUGCAUCAAGUGCAUUUCCAAAGAUUGUCCACAGAGCGGGUGCAUGUUGAUACAGCUUAAAGAGAUCUGACACCUUUUUUAAAUCAAGUGUUUGUGAGAUGUGGAUCUGCUGUAAUAUUUUCCUGGACUGGAGUACCGUCCACGUCCCCCCCCACCCCCCCUCUCUAUUCAGAUAUUUGAUAGUCAUUGUGCGCUUGUUUGAUCGCCCUUUACCGACUGACAACAAACAGCCAUCGGCCCUCAUUCAGAAGCGUUUUGAGCAAAGCUGAGCUUAAAGUCAAGGUUAUUGUUAGUUACCGCUGAGAAUGAUGUGAGAAAAGGACUGUUAGAUUGCAAAUUAGAUCAAGGAUCGUCUUUCUGUAUCUGCAUAUUCACCACUUUCAUAAGCACCUUGACACUAUCUGAACCUGGAAGAGGAACAAAACAAAGAAAAACCCUGAACACUGUGUUUUCCUUAUCCUUAGAUAAACUUGAGAUGGUCUGAGCUGCGUGGAGUCUUGAGUGUGCCACUUCAAUAAUCAUUUAUUGGGAUGAAUUCUAAUGAAUGAACAAAUUAAAAGACAAUAUGAAUUUGAUUUGCAUAUCAGGGUCAGGGAUGCAUCAGAAAAGUAAAGAAAAAUAAUCAAAAUAAUUCAAUUUGUCAAGAAGUUCUCAUUAUUGAUUUCAUUUAUUUUUUUCUUUUGGUUGUGCCUCAUAUUUUUUCUCACUAUGAUUUUUUUCCCUCCUGAUUUAACAUAUACAGUUUAUGAUCACAUUUAAAGUGUCACUUAAUCUAACCUACAGAGCAGCAGCUGGAUCACUUAUUGGCCAGCUGUUCAGAUCUGAUUUCUGCUUCUUUUUUUUUUGUUAAUUUGGUUGCAUAUUAAUGAAGUAGUCUGGAAAAAAAGGACCUUAAUUAUUCUUGUGGCACCACCAAGACUCCAUAGACAAAGAGUCAGGUUCAGGUGAUGAGCAGGACUACAAACUUUACUUUACAGUCAGUAUGGAUAAGAUAGAGCGAGCGAGAGGACGUGGCGCCUGUUUGAGAGCUGUGAGCUCCCUCUAGUGGAAAAGAGGCAGCGCUGCAACAUUACUUGAAUUUUUCUACAAGUAUUUAAUCAGACAAAAAAAAGAAAAAAAGAUGGCACUUUCUCACAGCGUUGUUAUCGUCGAUGUUCCUCUUGAUCAGACAAAACCUCAGUGUCUGUGCUUGUUAAAAGUGAAAAGUAGCAAUAACUUCAGUGUCACCUAUUGGCUUGUUGUUUUAUUAUCACUGAGGUGGCCUGUACUAUUACGUAUACCCAGGUGGACAGUAUUGACUGCCAGUUCAAGCUCAGUUUACAGUAUUUAUAUCCUGGGAAAAAUCAUGCUCGUUUGUCGGUUGUUCAUGAGUUGUCAACAUAAGCGUAAAGAAACUUCACCCUUGUUGAUUUUUCUGUUAAAACUGAGCCAAAAUUACCUGAUUUGUUUUUUAAAAGAAUGCUGCCAAUUUUAAUCAAGAAAAGUAAGCAAUUAAAUGUUUGUCGUUUUGACCGGGUGACCCAACUUUCAAAUGAAUCUAUCCUCCUGUUCCCUGAAGUCUGAUGUCUCCUCCUCUGAGCUUGCUUUGAUUGGUGACCGCAGGUAUCUUAUAGCCAUAAAGUGUAUGAUGUGCGAGCUCACUCCCCUGCAGGAAAUGAACAGACAAGGAUCUCCUUGACCAGAUCGAGGAAGGAUCACCCACGUAGAAUGAUUACCUACACGAAUGCUUUAUAACAUAAAGCUCUAUUUUGUUAAUAUGUAUAUGUGUAUAUAUUUAUAAAUAUAUAUAUCGACAGAUCUGUUCCUUGAGUAUUUACAACAUUGAAAGAGGGAGAUUAAGUCUUUCAGACCAAACCGUUCUGAACCAGGUGUUUUUUCAACUCUUUUAUGGUGUUCGUUUUUCUGAGGGUUUUUUUGCAUUCUCGACCUUGACUUUGUAAAAAAAAUAAAUCAGUCCUGAUAAACCAGCAGAAUUGCAGCAGCUCUAAACUCAAAAGAACCAGCUCCUUCUCAGCAGAUUAUGGGACCUGAAUUAAAGAUAUAAAACACAAAAGAGGAAAAAAAAAAA